AUGUUCUACACUAACGCGAUAAAAGGGCGUACUCCGAACUUGGACGUUCCAAGACGCAAGCCAGAAAGUAAACACGGCUACCGUUGUACUACGAUGCAAUUCCAGCAUUUCACACCCACACCACAAAAGAUAUUCCGGGUUCUGCUCGUCGCUGUCAUCGCAAGGUGUAGAAGCGAAUCUACAAUAGGAUACAAUCAUAACAACGGAAAAGUGACGUCACAAUUCGGGGAGCUACUAAAACCUCCGCCCCCGCCAUUAUCUAAAAUAGUUCCUGUGCCAUUCCACGGAGGAGCGUCGCGGUCUCAGCGGCAGAACGUAGACACCGGAUACGUCUACCAACCCCCGCCACCCCCGCCCCCUCCGCCUAUUCCACCCUCUAGUGACUUCAAAUUCCCAGCUCCCUUCUACAAACAAUACAAUUUCAAUUUCGUCCCUCCUCCUCAACCAUUUACAACCACUCCUUCACCGUCCUUAUUCCAAAAAGUCUCAGGGUGGCUUUUUUCGUCGCAGCAGAACAGCUACGAUUCUCCGCCAGUUUAUAGUAACAGUAUAGCACCAGUGAAGAAAGAUUGCAAUCCCUGCAAUUUAGUGCCAUGGAUACCAGUAUUAAGAUAUGGAUUAGGAGCUAAAAAUGUACAGCAAAAUUUGGCCCCAACCUAUGGGCCACCCAGUCCUACGGCAUAUGCACCAAAUGUAGUCCAAUUUCGUCCGCAGCCAUUCCUGUCCCAAGAUCACAAAUUACCUCAAUUGACACCUGGAGUGCCUCAUGCUGUGUACGGACCACCGCCGCAAUUUAGCGGUGGUAGCUCUUUUGGAGGACCAAUUUCGACAUAUGGACCUCCUAGUCCAACUCAUACACUUGCAAUUCCUUCGCCCAAUCCACCGAGUUCUACACAUUCUAUCGACUCCAGCUCAUUUUCAAUACCGAGUUCAUCAUAUGGGGUGCCGAGCACUUCUGUUGGUCAGCCGACUGGACAACCAAGUUCAUCUUAUGGUACACCUAGUUCAACGUAUGGUGUACCCAGUUCAACAUAUGGUGUACCCAGUUCAACAUAUGGUGUACCCAGUUCAACGUACGGUGUACCCAGCUCAACAUAUGGCACUCCUACAUCAACGUUUGGAACGCCUUCGCCAACUUAUGAAAAUUUUCGUCCCAUAACGACUACUUUUGAACCAGUACAUUCAAACUUUGAGCCUUCAACUAUAAAUAAUGACUUACCUCAUCAGAGUGACGGGAUUGCAUUCAAUGAGAUCAGACCAUCGAAUGAAUUGCAGUUGCCAAAGGUUACACAACCAACAGGAUUCAGAAAUUCGUAUGGAGAACCUAUUACCAACACGUAUGCAUUAAAUAAUAUUCCAUUCCCGGUGUCGGCAACAGCCGCUGAGUCAACAAAAAUAAAGACAGAAGUGCUACCGAAUGAUAGUAAAAAUCCAUCAACAUCAAACGUAUCUCUAGCGCUAGCAAAUCCUGCUCCUUUCACUUUAAAUCGAGGAAGAAAUAUUCAUACAUUACAGCCAGUUGCUUUACCAAACUUAAGUGUGUCACCGCUGCCACCUAUUUUCAACGCACGGCCAUUCAGACCAAUAACAGCACAUCCAUUUGCUAAACACUUUGUGCAGGGAAUUAAUUCAAUGCAACAGAACUCGAAUAAUGUAAACAUUGAACAGAGUGUACCUUUGGCAGAAUUUACCCAUUCUGUUGAUUAUCCUCCGACUGUUGGCAAAACAACAUUAAUAGAUAUUGAUGCAUUAAAGAACUUAAAUCAAAGUAAAACCUAUCGAAAUAUACCAAAUGAGUAUAUCGUUGACGAAAUUCGUGACAUAUCUUCUCAAGCUUCAGAAGAUCAUGUAGAAGCAACAAAAUCCAAUCAAGAUGUUAGUUUCGAAUCAACUGGUGUUGAAUUUGGAAACGACCUCUACGACUCGAACUUACCAUUAGACCUUAAGAAGAUUAAUCAGAAGAUGCCUUCUAAUCAUAAAAAUAACUUUGCCGAUUUGAGUGGAGUCAAAGACGAAGAUGUAGAUAAGUAUCGUACUGAAAGCAACUUACAAAAUAUAGAUUCACCGCUUUUGUAUCUCAAACCCAGCGCUCCACACAAAGAUCAUGGAGAUUUUGUAUUUGCAAUCUCAACUCCCGGAACUGUCAAAGAUUAUGAAAUGUAUGAUGACUCUCCAACGACAUUAGCACCGCAAAUACCAACUCUUACAAGUGCUUGGGAUGAAAGCAGAAAUGACUACAGUGACGGUCUAUUACCUCCUCCCAUACUAAAGGAAGAUAACACUAAGCCAAAGAUAGUCCAGAUUAUUGUACCUUACACUACAGGGCAACAAGGAGAAGGAGACAACUAUGAUUUUGAAAAUAGUAUACCAGAUCAUUGGACACCUACCCCCGAGGAUGAGUAUCAAGCACGAAAGGUACCACCUAAUACAGAAAGUCCUUAUUUCAGUACUGUUACAGAGAGCUACAGUACUAUAAAUCCUACAGAAGAAACAGGUUCAACUGUUACUGAGCAAUACGACUCGGACAGAUUAAAUACUCAUGCUAUCCUAAAUGAUCUUUAUGACGUAAAAGAACCACCUUUUGACAUUAUCAAACUUCAACAUACUAUUGAUGAUUGGACAGAACAGGAGUAUUCCAAACGUUAUAAGACUCCUCAAAAAACUCGUACAAGCGCGAAAUAUGCCAAACAGAUACCUGACGAAUAUUUCACAACUUUAAGUCCCUUUACAAACUAUGUAACAGCUGCAACGAAUUAUAACUAUGAAUUUUAUGACCAUGAAGGUUCGAGUAGUGUACAACAUUCUGUGACUGACAAUAAUAAUAACAAGAAUUAUACGAAACCACGCAAAGAGUAUAACACUAUAGAGAGAACGAAGGCAAAGCACAAUAGUGCAAAGAAUGAAGACGGAGAUGAUGGUAAAAAGCCUCAUAUUUACACAGCCGCAUCGUCUUUUAGAAGUACAACAACCACACCAGCACCAUGGGGUGCGAUACAAACUUCAAUAUCGCCCUUAACAAAGGAGAAAAUCUAUGUAGUCACUGCAAAACCAUGGAAAGAGGCGACUACGGUUACCGAUAAGCCUAAUGACUGGUACGAUGCAGAACCAUUCGAGUCGAAGAGAACCAAUGCGGACAACGAUGUCGCGGCAUCUGAUGAUUUGCCGUUUAAAUCUCCGAGAUUUUCAAACCGACCGUCUUUCGGGUUCACCAGUAGCGGGAAGGUGGAAUCGUUGAAAUCUGAUUCAUCGUACGGUUUCUCCAAGAACUGGCACCAGAGUAUAAACGACUUGGAGAACCAGCAGGCGAACAACAGCACAUCGCUUCCUGGAGGUGCUGAACCGACUACUACUACUAACAGCAGUGGCAUUGAAGAGAGCUCUGUACCUAACACGGAAGAGGAUACAACCACUACAACGACUGCAGAACCUCUUGAAGACGAAAGGACAUAAAGUGAGUUAAUCUUUUUUAUACGAGAACAAAAAGUUCAAAGUGAAAAGUGAAAUAAAAUUAUUGCAUUCAAAGUGAAAGGACAAAAAUGUGUAGGAAAAACUGAAAAAUGUGAAAUGUGUGAAGGACUAAAUGUGAACGACUUACGUACUGCUAUUACGUGAGACUUGUAU